AUGGCCAGGAGAGAAGUUAAGCUAAAGAUAGACAUGGAAGGGGUAUUGAAUGCAUGCAAAUCUAUUGAUAAAAACUAUAUUGAAGGUAUAGGAGAUAUGUAUGAUUUUGACAAUUUACUAAGAUUUUUGAAAAAGCUGAAAGUUAUACUCAGUGAUAAUAUAAAAAUAGAAAGUGAGUACAGCGAAGAGGAAAACAAAGCUGUUUUAGAUAUAAUUAUAAAUGACAUAUGCCAGUAUCUUAUAGAUACUCAAUAUGGAUUAGAAACUAUACGCGGGUUAUGUUUUGCAUUAAAGAAUAAUAAUGAUAAAAUGUCAAAAAACAUGAUUGUUAUAAUAUCGAAUGAACUCAUAAAGCCCAAUUCACUCAUAUACAGGCCAGAGCAUGGAAUAAAUAUGCAGUUUGAUAAGGAUAAGCCUCUAGAAAAUAUAGAUCCAGAUGACGAGAAUGCGGACCUGAGCACCAGAACAUAUACACUAGAGAUUGACAGCACAGGCUUUUCUAGCAUGGAAAGUUUUCUACAGGCCUCUGCAGUAAGAGUAGAUAUAUAUAAUCUCUAUUAUUUUUCUGCUUUAGCUGAUUUAAAAUCCAUGGACGAUUUUGAGGUCUCAUUAAUAGAGAAACACUACAGUUUAAGUGAUCUAUACACUAAAACAUAUAAAAAUACGGAUGUUCUAUUAAUAGACUAUGGAACAAGGCUUGUUUAUGAAAAACAGAAAGAAAUCGAAGAGUUGAACAAGCUAAUCAAAGAGAUGGAGCGCACUUCUGAUGAUAAGAAAAAGAAUGAUUUGAUUUUACAAAUUCAUAAGUUAUUUAGUCGAGAAGACUUAGGAAUAAUAUAUUCUAUCAGAAAUAAUCUAGAAGUAGUUCGAUAUGAAAAAUCAGUGCAAAUCAACGCAAUUAAUAUGGUCGAAUACAUGAUAAACAAUAAUAUACUUCUAGAAGAAAAAGAUGGAGAAAAGGUUUUAAACAUAGGCACCAACUUAUAUGAUUUUUAUAAAAACUUCAGAAAUUCUCGUAUGUAUUUUAGAGAAUUAUCAGAAAAGAAAGAAAAUAAGCUAGAGAAGGAAAAAGAGUUAUGUCUACAAGAGUUGAAAGACAAGAAAGCGCUUUAUUCUCAGCUAAAAGAGGAAGAGACAGAGGAGAUGGAAAGAGUAAAAUGUGCUAUCAAUACUAUUGAAAAUGAGAUAUACCUGCUAGAGUGUGAUGGUAAAAAGGAAUAUAUAGGAAACUAUAUUUUUGGAUGUAUGUUUCAAAACAGUGAGGAUUUCUCAGAUAAUCUAUAUCCUGAGCAAAUAAAAUAUAUAUUCAAAAAAAUUAAAGCAUUUGCAAAUGCACAGAAAAUAAAAACAGGAGAAACAGUAAAAUUGCAUAAAAGAAAUGAAGAAUUAAAAGGGCUAAAAGAGAAAGAAACUAAAGAAUUAGAAAAAAAGAAAGAGAAAGCAGAAGCAGAGCCUAAGUCCUUAUUUAAAAGACUUAUUAGUGAAAAUGGAAAAUUUGCAGCAAUAUUCACAGGCACUGUCGCUCUGGGAGUAGCAACAGCAGCAACGCUUAAUAACCACUAUUCAAACGAGUCUGCGCAAAACUCAAGUUCGUCAGACUUUAAAGCAGCAAGACCAGGAAAGCUAAAGAAUGAUUAG